CCAAAAUCGCCAAAAUCGCCAAAACCCCCCUCAUGGAGUCCCUCCUGUCCCUCUCCGCCCGCCGCGUCGCCUCUCGCCCGCCGCUGCCGCCGCUGCCGCCCGACCUGUUCCCGGUGCUUUUCGGCGCCGCGCUGGCGACCAGGCGGCCGUUGGUGCUGCGGGAGCUGGUGAGCGCGUGGCCCUUCCCGGUGCUGCACCUGCAGCGCCUGCUGGGCCGGCAGGAGCUGCUGCGGGACCACCCCUGCAAGCUCUGCCUCCAGGCCGUCAUCCUGGCCGUGGUGGCGCAGCUGCGCCGGCAGCUGGAGGAGCCCGGACGCCGCUCCAGCCUCCGCGUGCUGGACAUGACCGGACUCCCGGACUCGGCGCCCGGCCGGACUCCAACCGGGAUGAGCGUCUGGUCCGGCACGGUGGCAUUGGCCAAGGCUUGCCUGGAGCUGUCCAAGCACCAACGGGAAUUCCAACGCCGCGGAUCCAAGCGGCACAAAGGCCGUUCCGGCACCGCCGCCGCCGCCGCGCCGCAACCGCCGGGCGUUGACGUCCACGCCGACCUCUUCGUCAACGGGACGUCCUACGGGAUCCUGCGCGACGCCCUCCGGAGCGGCGCCGCCGGCCCGCUGCGCCUCAAGUGCCGCGAGUUCCAAGCGGAAGAACUCUCGGCCGCCGGCAUCGCGGCGUUGUUGGAAUCCUUGGAUCCGGCGUUCCUACGGAGGGUGGAUCUCCGCUUCAACAAUUUGGGAUUGACCGGGCUGUCGGUGAUCCUGCCGCAUCUCUCGCGCUUCCCGCAGCUGCGCAGCCUCAAGCUGCAGUACAGCAACGUGGACGUGCGGCGCCCGACGCCGGAAUCGGCCAUCGGGAUCCGGUGCCUGGCCGGGCAGUUGGGAAUGCUGCCCAGCCUCCGCGAGCUCAACCUGGGAUCCUCCCGGCUCUCCGGGAACCUGCGCCAGAUCCUCUGCGACCUCCGGGCGCCGUUGGAAAGUUUGGAAUUGUCCUUCUGCUCGCUGCUCCCCGCCGACCUCGCCUUCCUCUCCCAAAGCUCCCACGCCGCGUCCCUCAAACGCUUGGACCUGAGCGGCCACGACUUCUCCCAGGGGCUGCUGGAGCCGCUGCGGCUGCUCCUGGAGGAGACCUCGGCCUCGCUGCUGCACCUGGAUCUCAUGGAAUGCCGCAUGGCCGACGCCCAACUGGCCGCGCUGCUGCCGACGCUGCGCCGCUGCCGCCGCCUGCGCUUCCUGGGCCUCUACGGCAACUCCCUGUCCACCGCCGCGCUCAAGGAUCUGCUGCGCCAAACCGUGGAGCUGCCGGAUCUCCGAUUGGUCGUUUAUCCCUUCCCGGCCGAUCGCGCCCCACCGGAGACGUCCGGUUGGAAUUCCGAGGAAUCGUCGGAUCUCGAGGAUGUUUCGGUCAAGGUCGACGCCGAGUUUGCCGGAAUGUUGGCGGAUUCUGGUAGAAGCGAUGUGGUUUGGACGUCCAACCCUUAUGGACACAAAGAUCUGGAUUUCUUCUCCUUGUGAGCCAAAAUCGCCGAAAUCGCCGAAAUCCGGACGUUCCUCACCUCGUUACGGUGUUUUUUCUGUUUGUUUUGGUGGUUUUCCACCUGGUUUUUGUAUUUUUCCCCUUUAUCCCGAUGGUUUUUGACUCAUUUUAGGAUUUUUCCCCCUUAUCCCAAUGUUUUUUGUCUCAUUUUGGGAUUUCUCCCCCUUAUCCCGAAGUUUUUUGUCUCAUUUUGGGAUUUUUCCCCCUUAUCCCAAUGGUUUUUUGUCUCAUUUUGGGAUUUUUUCCCCCUUAUCCCAAUUUUUCCCCUUUAUCCCAAUUUUUUUUUCCCUCAUCCCAAUAUUUUCCCACCUCAUCCCGAUGUUUUCUAUCCUAUUCUUGGAUGUUUCUAUCCCAUUUUAGGAUUUUUCCCCCCUCAUCCCAACGUUUUUUGUCUCAUUUUGGGAUUUCUCCCCCUGAUCCCGAUGUUUUUCCAGCCGAGUUCGCCGGAAUGUUGGCGGAUUCUGGUAGGACCGACGUGGUUUGGACGUCCAAUCCUUAUGGACACAAAGAUCUGGAUUUCUUCUCCUUGUGAGCCGAAAUCGCCGAAAUUUGGGCAUUCCUCGCCUCGUUCCGGUGUUUUUUCCGUUUAUUUUGGUGGUUUUGUGCCGUGUUUUUGUAUUUUUCACCUCUAUGCCGAUGGUUUUUGUCUCAUUUUGGGAUUUCUCUCCCUUAUCCCAAUGUUUUUCAUGCCUUAUCCUGAUAUUUUCCCCCUCAUCCCAAAGUUUUUUAAUCUCAUUUUGGGAUUUUCCCCCCUUAUCCCAAUUUUCCCCCCUUAUCCCAAUUUUUCCCCUUUAUCCCAAUAUUUGCCCCUCUCAUCCCAAAGUUUUCUCUAUAAUUUUAGGAUUUUCCCCCUUAUCCCGAAGUUUUUUGUCUCAUUUUGGGAUUUCUCCCCCUUAUCCCGAUAUUUUUCCAGCCUUAUCCCGAUAUUUUUCCCCUUUAUCCUAAAGUUUUUUAAUCUCAUUUUGGGAUUUUCCCCCCUUAUCCCAAUUUUUCCCCUUUAUCCCAGUAUUUUCCCACCUCAUCCCAAUGUUUUCUAUCCCAUUUUAGGAUUUUUCUGUCCCAUUUAAGGAUUUCUCCCCCUCAUACCAAA